AUGGAACCAACUACCCCUAUUUAUAACAUCUUUGACCAUAAUACCAAAUAUGAUGUUGCCCUACUUGAAAGCUAUAGCCUUGAUAAUGAGUUGUAUUUAUCUGAUGACAGUCCAACAUAUACAGAGGAUUCACAGCUAUUGUCUCUAUAUUUGGAUAUGGAAUUAAAUUCAGUUUCAGUUUCAAACUCAUACUUGGAGCCAGUUUCAAACUUAUACCUGGAGCCAGUUUCAAACUUAGACCCAAAUACCAACCCUAAUCUAAACUCACCAAAAAUAUCUAAAACUGCAACAAAACAUAAAAGAAGGAUUAGUAAACGUAAAGCAUGGAAACCUGAAGAGGAUCAAAAAUUAUAUGAUUUAGUAAAAAAAAAUGGACCAAAAUAUUGGGAUGAAAUUGCUAUAAAAAUGUUACCAUUCAAUAGAGAUAGAAACCAAUGCCGUUCUCGUUAUAAUCAAUAUAUAAAGAAAAACUCAAAUGGUAAAUCAUAUGUUCAAUUAAUUGGAGAAAAUGAUUCUCGUAAAUUUGGUGACUGGAAUUCUGAUGAGGAUGAUAAAUUAAGGAGAUUAGUCAAUGAAAAUGGUUCAGAAAAUUGGAAAAAAAUUGCUCUUCUUUUAAAUUCAAAAAAAAAUUCAAUUAAAUGUUAUAAUAGAUACAAAUAUUUAUACCCAGAUGCCGAUGUUAAAUAUUUUAGAAAAUGGGAUAAUGACGAAGAUGCUCAGCUCUUAAACUUGGUCCAAGAAUUUGGUCCAUAUGACUGGGAAUUUAUCUCUUCAAAAAUGACUAGUGGUAGGGAUAAAGCCCAAUGUUGUAAUAGAUACAAUGGUAAUUAA